CACAGCAAUAGUUCUACUUACGAAAUCAGCAUGAUGUGGGGAGGAUUCUUCGCUGUACUGUUAUUGGCUCUAAUGCCACACGCCAUACUGAGUGCUGAACAACUCGAGGUGGAGACAGUCUAUGAAAAAAUGGUAUUUGGCUUCGCCACGCAAGCAGAUCGUCAAGACGCAAUAGACAAUGGCAAUUUAUCCGAAAAUGCAACACCCAUCAGUUGGCGGUCCAUCAGGACUGCGAAAGGGAUCACGUGUCUUUCAACGUACCCAGAUUCAACGGGCAUUCCGUAUACUUUGGCGGUGGUGACGAGCCAAUGAGGCGAUGGACCAGUCCUGCAGCCAUAUCCCGAUUACAGUUGGCACAAUUCAAAUGGUAGUGAUUGUGAUAAAUUACUUCUGUAUUCCGUGGCAGUAAGCAGGUGCAAUCAGCUGUUCGUACUUGAUUCGGGCAUUAUCGCUCGUUCAACUUGUUCUCCGCUACUUGUCUUCGAUUUAAACAGCGAUACCUUGUCCUAUCGUUAUCGUUUCGAUCCAAGCACUACACAGCACCGCUUCACUCUUCAUCACGCAACAGUUUCUAAUAGUCAUGUAUCCCAAUCCCGAAAAUGGUACACCUCACUUGCCGGUGAGUUCACUCUAAUGGAUGGCAUAUUUGGUUUGGCCAGUGAUGACAGUAACUUCCAUCCAUUGGCUUCUGUCCACGAGUAUGCAGUGCCGUUGAGCGUCGUAAGCACUACCCAUUUUGAGAACAAUUCGGGUGCCAUGCCGCUGGCUUUCCGUCAGGUGGCCACACGUGGCAGUUCAUGUGCCGCCGAGGCGAUUGAUAGUCAAAACAUCUACUGUGUUACAUUAAAUCCAGUCAUGUUGACUCGCUGGAAUCCGAAUAAACCGUAUAAUGUUCAAAUGCCGGCAGAUCCUCAACUGCUGGAGUUUGUAAGCGCAUGAAGUCACAAAACCACCGGCAAUGGAUUAUGGAUGAUGUCUAAUCGCUAUCAGAAAGUCGCAAAUGGCAAUUUGAGUUUUAAUGAAGUUAAUUUCCGCAUUGUGCGUCGAUCACUUGAUGACGUACAGGCGACAAAUUAA